GCCGGCUGUGGCCGCGCCACGUCCGCUGUGGCGGCGGGAGAGGAGCGGCUGGGCCUCCGGGCGGCGUUUGGACAACCAUGGCCUUUACACUGUACUCGCUGCUGCAAGCGGCCCUGCUCUGCGUCAACGCUAUCGCCGUGCUGCACGAGGAGCGCUUCCUCAAGAACAUUGGCUGGGGAACAGACCAGGGAAUCGGCGGAUUCGGAGAAGAGCCAGGAAUUAAAUCGCAGCUAAUGAACCUUAUUCGAUCUGUAAGAACCGUGAUGAGAGUGCCAUUGAUAAUAGUAAACUCAGUUGCUAUUGUAUUGCUUUUAUUAUUUGGCUGAACAUCAGUGGGAGAAACAGGAAAUCAGAAGAUGAGAUGCCAGCAGAAGUUAUUACUUUGGUCAUUGCUAGAACAUUCAUUUCUUAACAAGCUGAUCUUGGACUUGGAAAAAAUGUAAAGUUGACAAUAAAACCAGAGUUUCUAUUCAUCUGAUUUUUUUUUAAUGUUGCACUUGUAGUUUCAUUACAAAAAGAUCAGAUCUUCAGAGGUAGUAGUGCUCCAGGAUUGAAAUAGUUUGAUUGCUGACUGUUAAUAGUUCAUGCUAGUAAAGAUUGUCAAAAAGAUACAGAAUUUUCACUUUUGUUUUAUUAGAUAUUUUUCUAUCUCUCACUGCUCAGGGAUGAUUUUUUUUUUCAAAGUUUUGAAAUUCCUUGUGACUUAGUUACAAUGUGAGAGUGCUUAUCCCUCCAAUAAAAUUUAAAGAAUUUUAAAAUAAUUACUACAUGUAAAAGAUAAAUAGGUAAUUUGGAUAAUUUUGAAUUCCUUGGUUAAAUAUUUAGUCUGGAUAAUGUCUCUGCUGUGAAUAAUUCAAACGUAUAGAUACCAUAAGUGGCAAUACUCUGAUUUCAGGUAGAAUUUGAUUCUGUAAGUCAGUCACAUGAUGAUUUUGUUUUUGUUGUAAGUUCUUUUAUGAAUUUAUUAAUUGGAUGAUUAGCCCAUACUAGUAUCUACGUCUUUAUUGGUAGAAAAAUCUAUGUAGAAAUAAUCUGUGCCCUUUUUACAAUGGUGACUUGUUUUAUAAAAUCAGCAUAAAUAUUAGCCCACAAGAACAAACUUGAACAGUCACAAUUAAACUAUACUAUAUAAGAAGACUCUAUUGUGAAGCAUUUACCUCUCCCCCAAAUUAUCACACUUCCAUUUCUUGGAGCAGGACACUAAAGGAUGUGAGUCUUAAUUCUUCAUUCUGUCAAUAGAACAUUCAUGUUAGAUAAAUUGUUUUAUGUCUUAGACCACCUUGUAAGGUUGUUUGUUCAUUCCAUAAUACAGUUUUAUGUAAAACAUUAAAACUUAUGUAAAUGAUUUUUUGUGAAAACUUACGAGUUAUAAUAUUUUAAAGGGGUAGAAUAGCAUCUUUGUUUAUAGGAGAACUUUUGUAAAUAAAGUUGGAUUUUGAAGUCAAGCAUUUGUUUUUGUACCUUAGCAUAAAACUGUCAGGGUUAAUCAUAUCAAUCUCUAUUUUGUGUUUAACAUUCUUUGCUUAAAACUGCUGAGUAGAGAUUUAAUCAGAGUAAAGAUUCACAAUCAUAAUUUAUAAUUUCUUCAUUGAAUUAACUGAAUUGCUAACAUAAUUCAAGAAGACUUAUGAGCAACUUUUACUGCAUAAUUUACUUCUAAAACUGUGGAGCAGGUAUUUAACACCUGUUGGCAAUGCCUGAGUUAGAAGUGGGCUUGUACUGUGGGCUUCCAAAUGGAUCAAGGAAAUAUGCCAGGGCAUUUGGGUCCUGUGAGAAACUAGUAUUUUUGGUGCUAAGAAGUAGUGUUCUUUUGGCCUAACAAAGAAUGAUACAUGAGUCCAAGUUUGAGCCUCUCAACAGAUUUUCUUAAAAAGCAAUUAAUUGAGGGCACUCCCAAUUGUUCACAUGCUGUGAGUCAUAAAAAUUUUUUUAGGAGAGGAGAGAUUUUGGUCUGAUGCUGUUUUUCAUGUAAGCAUUAUAAUUUAGUGUUGGGCUAUUGUCCAUGUCCAAGCUCUACAGGAUAGCAGUCAGAGCAGGGAAGGGUCAUAGUAUUCUGUAGUAAAGCAGUUCUGAGGAAAGUGAAGGACUUCACACCAGAAUACUUCAUCUCUGGAAGUCACUUCAACAAUUCUGGUUUUAAUGUGGCUGAAGGGACGUCAAUAAGCUUUCACGUAUUGGCACUGAUUUCCCUAGGGGAGUUAUGAUUCAGAAACUAGAGUAUCUUACUUUAGUAGAUAGCAACUUAAGUGCCUGAUCGCCUGCUCACAUUCUCCCCCUUAACCAUUCUCAGGCUUAAUAAUUUGUGAUCACUCUAGAUUCCAAAUAUCUUGGUCUUUAAUGUGUUCUGGCCUUGUGUCUAUGUGCCUUUGAACUGGUGUGAAGGGUCUUAGCACUACUCUAGAUAUUAUCAAAUCCAUACCCUAGUACUUAAUCAAGCACAGUGGUUUUCCAAACUGAUUAUGAACAGCAGAACCAGAUUACAAAGGAAUUUUAAUGUAGAACUAUAAUACUCCAAUAUCUAAAACAUGAGAGCAGGUCAUUAUUUUGAAGCAGGACUGUGGCCCAGUGGCCCAAUGUUGAUCCUCCCCUCCAUUCAUCAUCAUUCCCAGGGUACUCCCACAAAACCCUAGAUUUUCAAGAACACAUCUAAAAGUAUCUUUUCAAAAGGCCAUGUUUUACAUGUGAUAAGCAUAGACAAUGCAAAUUGUGCUUCAGAGGUGUAUGUAGUCACUUGAGUUUAUAUGUGUGUGCACACAUUAGGAAACUACCUAAGAAGCAAUAUGUAUGAAUAGUAAGAGCAGGAGGCAGGAUAUUUCUGAUGUCAAACAAAACCUUUUACCAUGUAACUUAAGGCAAAUAAACUUCCUAAG